AUGACAGUCUUGUCAAGACACCUUCUCGAGUCUCUUCCAAUCAACAAAUACGUUGUGGAAACGUGUAAAAAUAAAUUAGCUGUUACGAACUAUUCACACGCCCAAUAUGCGUCUAUUCCGAAAAUAUUGGAGGGAGCCGAUUGUUUGCUUAAAGCACAGACGGGAAGUGGAAAAACACUUGCGUACUUGUUGCCAGUUAUUACAAAAAUCUUGGAGAACCACCCAAACAUUAAACGAACGGAUGGGAUCUUUGCAUUGAUCAUGACACCAACAAGAGAAUUGACACAACAAGUCUUCGAAGUCUUAACUGUAUUAACAACAUCGAUGAUCGGGUUUGUCCCAACAAUUGUGGUUGGUGGAGACUCGAAGAAGAAGGAAAAGGCGCGAAUAAGGAAAGGGUGUAACUUGCUUGUAGGCACACCAGGAAGACUCCUCGACCACAUUAAAUCGACUCAAAAUUUAAAACUCGAUAAAGUUGAGUUUCUCAUCUUAGAUGAAGCCGAUCGUGUGUUAGAUGCAGGGUUUGAAGAAAGUGUCUUACAGAUCAUUGAACGUUUAAAUAAGGAGAGACAAACAAUUUUAGUAUCUGCCACCCUCUCUGAUAAUGUACAAAAGCUAGCCAGUAUAGCCUUAAAUAAUCAUGUCUUCAUUGAUGGGGAUGCUCGAGAGAAUGCAAAAGAUCGAAAAAAGGCCAAAAUGGAUGAGAAAUUUGGGAAGAAGGAAGACAAAGAAGAACCAAAGAAAAUAAAAGAAAAUGUUGAAGAACCCGAACAAGUGGAGAAAAUAGAAAAGACUGAGAAACCAAUAGAAAAACAAUCAGAAAAACAAGUCGAAAAACCAGCGAAACUCGACAAGAAAGCAAAAAUGGAAAAAAUUAAAAACAAAAAUGCGGAUAUCGCCGAAGAACAAACAUUAACUCUUCCAUCGUCACUCAAACAAUAUUAUAUCACUGUCAAAGACAAAAAUCGAUUGGUCUAUUUAAUAGCAACACUCAGAACACUGUUGGGGAAAUCUUCACAGUGCAAAGUCAUCGUCUUCUUCUCAUGUAUCCCAUCAGUGAAUUAUCACUACGCACUCUUCUCGGAACUGAAGUUCUUGAACGACACAACUUUGUUCCAAGACACUAACCUUUUCAGACUUCAUGGAGACUUAACUUCAGUAGAACGGUCUGAUGGAUUGAAGAGCUUUGUAAAGUCUGACAAAGGAAUUUUAUUGACGACGGAUGUCAUUGCGCGUGGUGUCGAUUUGAAAGGCGUUGACUGGAUUUUACAGUACGACCCACCAGGAGAGACUUCCGAGUAUAUUCAUCGUUCUGGAAGAACAGCGCGGUUUGGGAGAGAAGGGAAUGCACUUCUCUUCUUACUUGAGAGUGAGGUGGAGUAUAUUGAAAUGCUUCGUAAGGCUGGUGUUAAAAUCGACGAGAUGAAGUCCGAGACUGUUGAAAAGGCUCUUUCGUAUAGUGGCGGGAAGAAAGCGAUGAUUUCAAGAGUCCAUGAAAUGCAACUGAAGAUCGAACAAGCUCUUGUUGAGCACAAAGAAUUGAAAGAACUUGCUGUGAAGAGUUAUCAAGCGCAUCUGAGGUCAUACAUGACACAUCGUUCUGAGCUUCGAAGUGUAUUUAAUAUUAAAAAGCUUCAUAUAGGUCAUAUAUGUAAAAGUUUUGGUAUCAGAGAUACGCCAACUAAUGUGAUGAAUGUACUGAGAAAGAAUGAAGGUUUCCUUGAGAAAGAAAAGAACAGUCGAUUCCAAGUGAAAAAGGAAGGGAUGAGGAAGAUGUCUGAAUUUGAUUCUGGGCUCCCGUCGAAGAGAAGACCACAGAAAAAAUGA